GUCACGAAGCCAGGAGGCGGCGCAGGCGUAACGCGUCACGGGCGGCCUGGCAGCUGGCGGCAUUGAGGCGGACGCGUCUAGAGGUCCGUCUGACCGCGGCGUCGGGACCUGGUUUCCGGGCAUGAGCUGAGAGCACCACGCCGAGGCCACGAGUAUUUCAUAGACAUUGAUGGAAGCAGAAACCAAAACUCUUCCCCUGGAGAAUGCAUCCAUCCUUUCAGAGGGCUCUCUGCAGGAAGGACACCGAUUAUGGAUUGGCAACCUGGACCCCAAAAUUACCGAAUACCACCUCCUCAAGCUCCUCCAGAAGUUUGGCAAGGUAAAGCAGUUUGACUUCCUCUUCCACAAGUCAGGUGCUUUGGAGGGACAGCCUCGAGGCUACUGUUUUGUUAACUUUGAAACUAAGCAGGAAGCAGAACAAGCCAUCCAGUGUCUCAAUGGCAAGUUGGCCCUGUCCAAGAAGCUGGUGGUGCGAUGGGCACAUGCUCAAGUAAAGAGAUAUGAUCAUAACAAGAAUGAUAAGAUUCUUCCAAUCAGUCUCGAGCCAUCCUCAAGCACUGAGCCUACUCAGUCUAAUCUAAGUGUCACUGCAAAGAUAAAAGCCAUUGAAGCAAAACUGAAAAUGAUGGCGGAAAAUCCUGAUGCAGAGUAUCCAGCAGCGCCUGUUUAUUCCUACUUUAAGCCACCAGAUAAAAAAAGGACUACUCCAUAUUCUAGAACAGCAUGGAAAUCUCGAAGAUGAUGGUUGUGAAUUACUGUAGCAGCAAAAGCAAAUUGGUCUCCACACCUAAAAUCGUCUGCCUGUGUACUUUGUAGAUGUGAAUGGUACUAUUCAACGGAGCACAAUCACAUGUUAGCAUUUGGUAACAUAAUGUUUUUGGAUGUUCUUAUGGAUGUUUCUUCCCUAAACUAUGUAUGGAAUUGAGCAUCAUCCAGAAUAAAUAGCGUUGUAUCCCAAAUUGUGAUUUGAACCCUGGGAUGCUCUAAUUGGCUGGUUGGUUUGGAUUUGUAACUCCAGAAACAUUCUAUAGUGUGCCAGAGCAAAAGGCAAAUACACAAAAUAUUAUUUAAAUCAGGAAACUAAAUAUAUUAACAUCUAUUAAAAAAUUGAGCAUUUUUCUACGCUCAUGUGUCUUUUACAACAUAAAGAAAAAGUAAAAGGCAGGGAGGGAAGUGAGAGACAGAUUUUAAAUCAUGUUCAGAACUGUUGUUCCAGAAUUUACUACGGCAAUCCCUCCAACUGGACUGAAAAAGAGAAAGUUCUUGGCAAAAAGGAGCUGAUUCUUUGAACAAAUGUUGUAGUAAUCUGUUUAAGAAUUAUGCUUAUUGUUUCAAAAUCCCAACUAGGAAAACAUGGUGUAUAUCUUAAAAUUGUUCGUGUUGACAAAACUAGAAUCAAAUUUAACAUUUUUAUACCACAACACAAGUUCUAUUUGGAAAUUGAACUUUUAUUCUAUAGCAAUCAUUUUUUUCAAAUCUAAAUAACCUUGCCUUCUAUAAUAACAAAUGUUGCUAUUAUCAUGGGACUUUUAAAAUUACAUUUAUUGCAUGGGAUUGUUUUUAUAGCAUGAGAAUGUUCUGUUUGGAAUUAUAUCAUGGUCAGUCUAAAUAGAAAAAGCAAAAUUUAUUUGAAAACCUAAACAUUGCUAUAUUGGUCACUAUCAAACAUACAAUUUUCUAAUAAUUGUGUAGCGGUCUAAGUGGAAGAGAUUGCAUUAUCUUGUGCAGGACGAGGAGAGGACAUGCAGUGGGCACAGAAAGUCAAUGGAACAGACGCCACUGUGGCACCAAGACUGUAAUGACUCUGUGUGGUAGGUGGUUUUAAAGGACUGCAUGCCUUGGAAAUGAUUCUUCACUUGGAGAACAUACUUGCCUCUAGAUAUGUUUGUCACUCUAAGCAUCCUGAAUGUAACAAUAGAGAAAGAUAAGUCAACCAACAGAUUUGGGGAUGUGUUUCUUCAGCACAUUUUGGUCAUUUUGAUGCCAAGUUUGUCAUACUGUUUAAUUGGGCAGCACCUUUGCUCCUUUACCAGGUAUGUAUCACUUUGUUACUCCAGGUGCCAUUCUUGGUGAUGACAGAAUGUUUAUCACUAUCGUUGUUAGCAAGAGGAAGCUUUCAAAUAUAGGAACUUAACAUCUUCCCAUGAGUAUAAAUGAAUUUAAGACAUUUGAAUCAAAACUUCAGUAGAGGGAGGUUUUAGAAUUCAUAAAACUGGUUUAAGGAAAUUCUUUUUACUUUUCCCAAGGUUAAUCUUUUUAAAUAUCUCUAGACAUCAAAUACUUUCUGUAUGUAUUAGCUGUGUCUGUCUAUGAUGCAAGUAACUCUCCUCCUAUUUGGGGGAUAGUUCAGAGAGGUAGGAGCAUUAUCUCCCAUUUUUCUGGUGACUUCUUGGAGUAUAGAAUUCACCAUUUUAUCCGUAAGUCUUCAAAGGAUUAUGGUGGACUAGAACUUACAUAGUGCAAAAUAGUCUUCUAUUUUUAAUAGGAACUUAGAAAAAACUUAGAAUUAUAUAUAGAGUUGUUUCCUUUAGAAACCAGAGCUAUUUAUUUGUAUUUAAAGCACUGUUUAUUAUUUGUACUGAUUCUUAUUCCCUCUGUGUGAAUAAAUGUAAGACGGUGUCUGUGUGGUUA